CUGCGCAACAAGACGCCGAGGGGAGAACCAGGACACGAAGACGAAGAUGAGGACUGGGUGGUGGCGCGGGCGUGUCCUCUCCGUCGUCGUUUUCUUGCAAUCUUGAUUCCCUCUCUCUCUCUCUCUUCGCUUCGACUCAUCCCUCAAACCGGCCAGGAAGCAAGAAACGAAGGAUGGAAGGAAGAAGACGACCCGUCCAUUUCCUCAAGAAGCCCUGAAAGCAUUUCGCAGAAGUAAGCUCGAGCUCACUGUUCCUUUUCUUCUUUUAGGGAGAAGGGAACCAAGGCUUCGACCCCCGCUUGCUUCACGAAACUGCUUUUGGAGUCGCUGAGUGUGUUUGAGGGGAAUUUGUCCGUUCCUUGUCGCUCAAGGAUUUGGGGGGAGGAAAAUGGCGGCGAGAGGGAAAGGAUUUCUGCUGGGGAUCGCGCUGGUGGCCGGCGUCUUCGCGGCGUCCUCGCUGUGCGCGAACGUGACGUACGACCACCGCGCUCUGGUGGUCGACGGCGAGCGCCGGGUUUUGGUCUCCGGCUCCAUUCACUACCCUCGCAGCACUCCUGAGAUGUGGCCGGACCUGAUACAGAAAUCGAAGGACGGAGGGCUGGACGUGAUCGAGACCUACGUUUUCUGGAACAUCCACGAGCCAGUGCGAAACCAGUAUGAUUUUGAAGGGAGGAAAGAUUUGGUAAAAUUCGUCAAGACAGUGGCUGAGGCGGGUCUCUUAGUUCAUCUGCGCAUCGGUCCUUAUGUAUGCGCAGAAUGGAAUUACGGUGGCUUUCCUCUGUGGUUGCAUUUCAUACCCGGAAUCCAAUUCCGAACCAACAAUGAGCCGUUCAAGACGGAAAUGCAGCGAUUCACGGCCAAAAUUGUGGACAUGAUGAAGCAGGAGAAGCUUUAUGCAUCCCAAGGAGGCCCCAUCAUUCUCUCUCAGAUUGAGAAUGAAUAUGGCAAUGUUGCUUCGGCUUAUGGGUCCGGUGCCAAGCCCUAUAUUAACUGGGCAGCAACCAUGGCUACAUCUUUAGAUACAGGGGUCCCCUGGGUAAUGUGCCAACAGGGGGAUGCUCCUGAUCCCAUUAUUAAUACUUGUAACGGAUUUUAUUGUGACCAAUUUACACCUAAUUCAAACACUAAGCCCAAAAUGUGGACUGAGAACUGGAGUGGAUGGGUCAUUUACUUUGGCGGGGCUGUUCCAUACCGUCCUGCGGAAGACCUUGCAUUUGCAGUGGCUCGAUUUUUCCAGCGAGGUGGAACAUUUCAAAACUACUAUAUGUAUCAUGGGGGGACUAACUUCGGCCGAACUACUGGUGGACCUUUUAUUGCUACAAGCUAUGACUAUGAUGCUCCAAUAGACGAGUAUGGACUUGUUAGACAGCCUAAGUGGGGCCAUUUGAGGGAUGUGCAUAAGGCCAUUAAGCUUUGUGAAGAUGCUCUUUUAGCCACUGAUCCGGCAUAUCCUUCCCUUGGUCCGAACUUGGAGGCAACAGUCUACAAAACAGACACAGGGUUAUGUGCUGCUUUUCUUGCCAACGUGGGCACCUCCGACACAACUGUUACUUUCAAUGGAAAAUCUUAUCAAUUGCCUGGAUGGUCUGUGAGCAUUUUACCAGACUGCAAGAAUGUCGCUCUUAAUACUGCGAAGGUUAAUUCUAUGUCUAUGAUUCCUACCUUUGUAUACGAAUCUUUGAGCGAGGUGGUGGAUUCCUCCAGUACGGUCAAUGCAGACUGGAGUUGGAUCAAUGAACCAGUGGGUAUUUCAAAGGAUGAUUCAUUCGUGAAGCCUGGGCUGUUGGAGCAAAUAAACACUACCGCUGACAGUAGUGACUACUUGUGGUAUUCACUGAGCACUGAUAUCACUGGGGAGGAGCCCUUCCUUGAAGAUGGAUCUCAAGCAGUUCUUCGUGUUGAAUCACUUGGCCAUGCUCUUCAUGCUUUUGUCAACAAGAAACUUGCAGGCAGUAAAGCAGGCAACAGUGACAAUCCCAAGAUUGCUGUUGACAUUCCCGUCACGCUUCUAACAGGCAAGAACACAAUCGAUCUCCUGAGCUUGACUGUCGGACUUCAGAACUACGGAGCUUUUUAUGACAAAACAGGUGCUGGGAUAACUGGUCCAGUAAAGCUGAAAAGUUCAGCCGGUGGCAGCAUGAUAGAUCUGUCUUCGCAGCAGUGGACAUAUCAGAUAGGACUUCAAGGUGAAGAUAAAGGUCUACCCAGUGGAAGCUCUUCGAUGUGGAUCACGAAACCUAGUUUGCCAAAAACUCAACCCUUGACAUGGUACAAGACCACUUUUGCUGCUCCUGCUGGAAACGACCCAGUUGCCAUAGACUUUUCUGGAAUGGGAAAGGGUGAGGCUUGGGUGAAUGGACAAAGCAUCGGCCGGUAUUGGCCAACCAACGUUGCACCUGGUAGUGGCUGCACUAACUCUUGCAAUUACAGAGGAUCCUACAGUUCAAACAAAUGCCUAAAAAGCUGCGGGAAGCCAUCACAACAGCUGUACCACGUUCCGCGUUCGUGGUUGAAACCAAGCGACAACAUUCUUGUAAUUUUCGAGGAAAUUGGCGGUGAUCCCACUCAAAUAUCUUUUGCCACGAGACAGAUUGAAAGCUUAUGCUCAUGGGUGAGUGAGUCUCACCCAUCACCUAUCGAUACGUGGAAUUCAGAAUCAGAGUCCAAAUCAGGAAAAACAUCGCGGCCUAUUUUGUCGCUGGAGUGCCUGCAUCCCAAUCAGGUCAUAUCCUCGAUCAAGUUCGCCAGCUUCGGAACUCCACAAGGAACUUGCGGGAGCUUUAGCCAUGGAAAGUGCAGCAGCAACAGGGCACUUGCCGUUGUUCAAAAGGCAUGCAUAGGAUCGAAGAGUUGUAUGGUCGAUGUGUCUAUCAACGCAUUCGGCGAACCAUGUAAAGGAGUGACAAAAAGUUUAGCAGUAGAAGCUUCCUGUGCAUGAGUGCAAUUGGCUCUUCAGGCUUCUUAUACCCCACGCCUUACCUCACCCCAACUCCAAACUGGAGUAAUAAGUGCGGUGUCCUCCCCAAAUCAUUGAAUGAAUAAGCUUUCAAUGGGGGAUAGUGAGUCCGAUCUCACCUCUUUCCAUCAGAUGAAAUGUAUCUGCUUUACUGUGACAUUCUUGGAAGAAAAGUGAAGCAAAGAAAAUUGAAGUCUUUCUUGAGA